CAAAGACGUCUGAAGAUCAACGUUCUAAGUUUCCAUUAGGAAGUUCCUAAAAGAGGAUUCUAUAAUGAAACAAAAAUAAGUUUUCACCCCUUUUGUAUUUAGUGCUAAUAAAAUUCCACAUCAGUGUCUUACAAGAAAAUAGAGAAAAAAGUCUCCUGGAUAGAGGGGGACAAAAUCUGCGGAGACAUUAAUUGAGGGACGGCUAAAGUAUUUAUAUACUUUCCACACGCUGGUAUUGCUCACCAUUAACGGAACAAAAUCCACAAGGAUCUAGAUUCUCUCUGAAUUAAACUGCAGAAAGCAAAGAACGAACCAGGUAUUUACAGACUGUGCAAUCUAAUGACAACCAAAAUAAACACCUCAUCAAAAUAAUUCUAACUUCCCACAAGAAAUUUACAUCAAGGUAUAUCUGCAUCCAGUGACUUCUGGGUUCACGUUUUUGAUUAGAUAUGACCAACGAAACCUCCUUUGCUGAUUUAAACUGUUCAGCGUUAGAAAUCGGAGAAUCCAACAGUACCUUUGUGUCCAUUUUCUCUGCUGAAGAGGCAGAGAUCUUAGAGACCAUGAAUUACUACUGUUAUCGCAUCAUCAUUCCUACUGUUUGCUCAUUUGGAAUUCUGGGAAACAUUCUCAACGUCAUUAUCUUUACAAAGAAGAAGAAUACAGGCAUGUUGGAUGAGGUUGAGUAUUGCACGACAAUUUGUUUGGUGUCCCUAGCUGUUUCCGACCUGAUGUUCUGUAUCACAACCAUUCCUGUUGGAUUUCAAACCACGAGACAGACUGUUUUCCACAAGAGUGAAUUUCUUCUGUACUACUAUAUGUACAAUUCUGCCAUUAUCAGCAUGUUUAUUUUCAGCAGUACCAUGUUAACUGUACUAACAGCACUGAUGAGAUACCUCGCUAUCUGUCACCCAUUCCGCUCCAGACAAUUUAUAUCCAUUAAAAACGUUAGUAUAGGUAUUUUUGUAGUAGCUCUGUUCUCUAUUGCAUUUAACCUGGUAUCAAUGUGGCACUUCACUACUGUAGACUGCAUAGAGAAGGGCUACACCAUUGUACAACCAAGCAGUCUAUUCAUGGAGCCCUCCGUCCAGUACACUGUCAAACUACUUUGGGCUGUUUUUGGAAAUUUCAUUCCUCUUUCAAUUUUACUUUUCUGUAACAUUCAGCUGAUACGCGCUCUCCGACAGAGUCGACAGCUACGUCUGCUCCACAGUCGUGAUGACACUUCCUGUUUAUCUGCUCAUCGCCGCAUAAACAUAACCCUCGUUACAAUUAUCAUCUUCUUCUUUAUCCUUGUGGCACCCUCGGAAAUCACCAAAUUUAUCUCCCUACUCAAUAAUGACAGAGGAUUUCGCUAUGCUAUGGUGUCAUACAUCACCAACACUCUACAAUGCAUCAACUUUUCUGUUAACUUUGUGUUGUAUUAUGUUAUCAUUGCUCCGUUUCGGCACACCUUACAUGAAUUUCUCUGCUCAUUCCCUCGAGCAAUACGUCACAACGAACAACGCGAGAGAUCUUCUGCAAACACUGGAAAACAACCACAAACAGUGAUGCUCCUCUCUAUAAAGGACAAGCAUCAUAUCUAGUAUUUAAAAAAAAACUGUGUAGGAAAAAAAUUCAGUUUUCACUACAGAUGUGCAAGAAGAAUCAGAUCUGACACCUCCCCAAAGUUAACAUGAGGAAGGCUACAUGAAGAUUUAUUUCUUGCAUCAAUUAAAUUAGUACUUGGUCUACAGAGCUGAGUUUUCAUCUCUGAAAUAGAGACUAGCAAAACUACAUUUCAAUACUCCAUUUCUGAAGUAAAAACAUCAUGUUCCAUGUCAGAUAUUACUAAGGUUGUUCCAGAACAUUUUCAAUAUUUUUUUUCACUACUUCUAUACAAUGAAAAAUUUGCAAGCACCAUAUCAGAU